AUGGAGAAGGAUGUGGUUGGUUUGAUUGCUAAAGAGCAAGAGAAGAGGCAGAUUGCAAUUUCUUUUGACUGUGAAACAUUUAAUGCGGAUGAAGCAGCAGAAGGGCAUAUUAGGCAGUUCAAGCACGAAUUAAUUGGAUUGGAUGUUGUUGGUAAGCAUAUCUUCAAACUCAGUGCAGUUAAUAUUGGGAAGAUGAGCACCAUGGGUUUGGACUUCAAAGCAGAAUCAAAUAUUACAAAAGUUGUCAUUACAAACACUAUUUACAUUUCAAACUUUGUCAUUAGAAAAAGGCAUCGGUGUUAUCUAGAGUAUCCAAAGCUUUGCUCGGAAAAUUGGUCAAACCGAAGUUCCAUAGAAAUAUUUAUUGUGUUGUUGUUUACAAACCCACCUAGGUAUGGGACAGGGGCAAUUCUGUCUUUUUUUGUCUAUAAAUUAGUUUGUGUUUAUAUACUGCUAUGGCUAGUGAAACUUCUGAAGAGCUUCCUGAGGCUAAAGACACAUCAGCUUUUGGAAUCAGAUGAUGAGGAUGAUGCAUCUUCUGGAGACUGCUUACAUGCAUCAACUACCGGGUUUUUGGGACUUUUCCAGACCGAAUCAUGUAUCUCUGCUACUCGAUCUGCUGAUGGCUUAUUUUUGUUUCUACACAAAUAUGCCAUUGAUAUUCUUGAACAUCCAUCCAUGCUUGAUUGCAAAUCUACACGUACUCAUGCUGAUCUUUCCACGAAACUUGAUGGCUCGGGUUCACCAGUUGAUGAUCUGAAUUUAUAUCGUAGCCUUGUUGGUGCUCUUCGGAUACUACUACUCAUGGAUUAUAGUUUUAUAGCUCUCCCUCUCGUGAGCUUAUUGUCUAUUCUGAUGAGGAUUGGGGUUGUUUGUGGGAUCCAGAAUCUUCUUUUAGAGUUGCACUGCUCACCUGAUCGAGCCCCUAUUGUUUAUUGUGAUAAUGAUAGUGUUGAUUUCAUGCCAUCUAAUACGAAUCAACAUCAACAGACUAAGCUUAUUGAGAUUGAUCUUCAUUUUGUUUGUGACAAGGUUGCUACUGGGCACAUUUGGGUUCUUCGUGUGCCUUCUUCAUUUCAAUAUGUUGACAUUGUUACCAAGAUUCUCCCAUCUCCAAUGUUUCUAGAUUUUCGGUCUAGCUUAAACACUACAGAUAAUCCUCUCGUUUCAACUAUGGGGGAUAUUAACGGACCUAUUGUAUUUAUCUAGUUAUGUAUUGUACUUCUAGUUUAUUUGGCCCAUUCUAUUGUGACCCUUUUCCUUUGUGUUUUGUAUAUAUAAACAUUCCUCAUUAAUAAGAUACCAGAUAUGGGAAAAUAC